GCUAGCCUAUAGGAAAUAGUUAAUUAGCUUACGAGCUAGUUAAUGGCCACGCCAAACGAAAAACCUAUUAGGAAACCUAAGAUAGUAACUCUAGAUAAGUAUAAUAGAAGUCGCACUAAACUGCGAACGUUUCUUACUAACAUCGACUUAUACUAUAGAUACAACGACGUACCUAACGACAAGGAAAAGAUUCUUAUAGCUAACACCUACAUAAAAGGAAAAGCAGCUAGUUAG